CGACAUUUCCGCCCGCAAUUGAAAGCGAUAAUUAUUAGCAAGUGUUGGGUCAGUCAUGUUUAAGUCAUGAUAUGUCCAUGCUAUAUUAUCUACUGACAAAUGUGUAACUUCCGACUGCACUUGAAUAGGACAAAAAUCACGAAUUCCCGCCAGUUGCCGCGCGCGAACCGCUUCAGGGACAAAAGAGGACUUUACCUUUUAACUUAGUUAGUGAAACAUGUAUUUCUUUAGUCAGUAGCUCAAUAUUCUUGUCGUUUUCUAGCUAGCAUAAUUCAAUAAGCCAAGGUUCUAGUUUUGAUAGCUUUACUGACAAUCUUUUUUAUCGCGUGAGCAGUUGAAACACCAGAGUAUAGCUAAGUGAGCAAUUUAACGUUAGCUUAACGUUACUUACAAAGGUUAGCUAACUUAGCUGACUUUGGCUAAAGAUCCUUGCUGACUGACAGUAACUGAACGAACUGAACCAGCAAAGUUUAACCCAUAUUAUAUUGAAAAUGAAAGCUGCGGAGGAUCAGGUUGUUGAAGAUGAUUCUGGUUUCCUUGAUGAUGAGGAGUCCUUCUUCCAAGACAUUGACCUCCUACAGAAACAUGGGAUUAAUAUGGCAGACAUCAAAAAGCUGAAGUCAGUGGGUAUCUGCACUGUGAAGGGGAUCCAGAUGACUACCCGCAAGGCUUUGUGCAACAUUAAGGGUCUUUCAGAGGCUAAAGUGGAAAAAAUCAAGGAGGCUGCUGGGAAAAUGCUGAAUGUUGGUUUCCAGACCGCCUUUGAGUACAGUGCAAAGAGGAAGCAGGUGUUCCACAUCACAACUGGGAGCCAGGAGUUCGAUAAGCUUUUAGGUGGAGGUAUAGAGAGUAUGGCUAUCACGGAGGCAUUUGGAGAGUUCCGCACAGGGAAAACCCAGCUGUCUCACACACUCUGUGUCACUGCUCAGCUGCCAGGCGAGGAUGGCUACUCAGGCGGGAAAGUUAUCUUCAUUGACACAGAGAACACCUUUCGUCCAGACAGGCUGAGAGACAUGGCUGACAGGUUUAACGUGGACCAUGAUGCUGUGCUGGACAACGUGCUUUACGCCCGGGCCUAUACCAGUGAACACCAGAUGGAGCUGCUGGACUUUGUAGCAGCCAAAUUCCACGAGGAAGGAGGAGUGUUCAAACUGUUGAUCAUCGACUCCAUCAUGGCUCUGUUCAGAGUAGACUUUUCUGGUCGAGGCGAGCUGGCUGAGCGGCAGCAGAAACUGGCCCAGAUGCUCUCCAGGCUUCAGAAGAUCUCUGAAGAGUACAACGUAGCAGUGUUUGUUACCAACCAAAUGACAGCCGAUCCCGGCGCAGGGAUGACGUUUCAAGCUGACCCCAAGAAGCCAAUUGGUGGUCAUAUCCUGGCCCACGCCUCCACCACACGGAUCAGCUUGAGGAAGGGGCGUGGAGAGAUGAGAAUUGCCAAAAUAUUUGACAGUCCUGAUAUGCCUGAGAAUGAGGCCACUUUUGCCAUCUCUGCUGGAGGAGUUACUGAUGCCAAAGAGUGAAAGAUGAAAGAAGAGAGACACACAUGUUUGCAGUUUCCUGUUCAUGUCAAUUUAAAGUUAUUUAAGGUAUUUUUAAUGAAUUUAUUUAUUGAGUUUUAUAGCUUUAUAUAACCUCUUAAAGUUACACUGACAGUCUUGUACUGUGGUACUUUUGAUGUAUUUAUUUUAUUUAUACGCUUUGUGGUAUUUUUCCUGUGUAUCAGAGAUUUUAAAAUAAACAACAAAAAAAGACAACAGUUAUCUACUUUUCAUAGUUUAUUCUGGUGACCGGCAGAUUGCUCAAAUUACCUGCAGAGAUAAAGAGAAAUGUAAAGUUAGUGGUAACAUGACGGUAAGUCCGGUGCUGGCCUCUAGCGGUGUUUGCAGGACGCGCAGCGGCUGUAACGUUACACCACUUCUCGUCGGAUGCGAGAUCCAUAUGGUUGCGAAAGCGAGGCUUAACAAAGCAAUGGGAACUUCACCAAACGUGCAGCUAAGAGUCUAAAAACACCAGCAACUACACGUUUUAACGGAACCAUAAAAAUCAUACAUCUUCCCUGGUAGUGUAAAGGUUGUCAACUCUGGAAAAAGGAGCGAUGGACCCGAGAGA